AUGACAGAGGAGACAUACACCCUUUUUAUUUUCGAAGACGAUCUCGAAUGCACAAAAUUUCUCCUCCGGAGAAUCGUCAAAUGUUCUCCAACAGACACGCUCGGAAAGUUUUUUCAGAUUUGCACCGAAGCUCACGAGCCAAAGCAGCCGGGAAGAUGGGAGCUUUACAGGGCGCGCGAAAGGGCCCCUGCGCUCGAGUCACUAGAAGAGAUCGAUAGAUUCGUAGACGAUAAUUUUUUCGAGGCUCCAAGUCGCUUGUUCAGAGAUUCCAGGGCAUAUGUUUACACUGCCAAGUCCAGUGAAGCGGGUAAGGUCACUAUCGCAACUUCCAUUCUGGGUCAUCGUGUCUUCGUCGUUUACGCCUUCGACGACGCUCCCAUCGUACGCACACCGCUCCCUGCUAUAUCAGAGAACCGAGCAAAGGAUGACCGAGACACUGUGGUAAAACAGGCGAAGAAUCAUCCAGUUCCCUCAACUGGUGUAAAGACGUCUCAGAUGCGGAAGCGACAGACACCUGGGCGACUUGAUGCUCUGUUCAACGGAAGGCCGGACUCUCUCUCUCCUACUCCUAUCGCCAUCUACCAUCCUGUCUUCUCUGAGUUCGCCGACGCCGCCUCUUCCCCAAACCCACCGUUGACCGCAGAAGAGCUCAAGUAUGCAGCCAACCUCAUAUCCGUGGCGUCUGAGUUCUACAUGGACGAAGCGAAGCGUCAGGACAAGAUGGCAGAUGCGCUGGCACCGAUGUUAGGGAAUCAUGGAGUAUGUCUCGCAGAAACCAGGAUUCAGGUAGGAGACUCGUUUGUCAAGCCAGACUGCCAUACUCGAGUGCCCUGUGUGCAACACUCUCUACCCGAAGCACCGGUUGUAGCCUACACGCUGGUCGGAGAAUGGAAGCUCGAGAUAGGGGAUGGUGGAUGCGACCCUCUGGCGCAAGCUGGAUGUGUGCAUACGGCUUUGUGCUCAGCGGACAAAUAUGGGUCUAUUCGCGCCGCAUCCUGCUGCCCCGCGUUUCUCAUCGCCUUCAUCGGACCAUACUUCGCCAUCCAAGGAGCUGUUUUCGCAGAUCGAUUCAUGGCCCAGCACCUUACCGACUUGAUCUACCUCGGCCCCAGCGACGUAAAUGCCAAUAUCGAUCAUGCCAUCAUCCGUAUUGCCAGUAUCUUCCGCGCCCUGGGCAUUGCGUUGGACUCCCUUGAAGACUUCUACAAGCAACUUCCGCUUCCAUUGACGCGGCAAUCACCUACACCGUCGCGCGGAUCGACCCGCACGAGCUCGCCCCGUGUCUCCACCCGUUCGAUGUCAGGAAGGAACAGUGCCAUCCCUUUGCCAUCAGUGAUGCAACGAACCCUUCCCAUCCAAUACGACACUCCGCCUUUUGUUGGACCUGCUUUCCUAGAGUUCACGAAGGACGGCACGACGUUCAAGCUGCAGUACAAAGAACGUCUCGACCCACGCCAUUUCGAGAAGGCAGUGUUCAAGGCGACGUGCACCGAGGACGGGACCAACUACUUCCUGGUAGUUGUCAAGUUCGCCCGUACGUAUUCAAAAGAGGCCCAUACGCUUCUGCAAGAUCUGCCGAGGCCUUUGGCACCCAGGUUGUGGUUUUGCGACAAGGCUCUGGAUCUCGGAAGUUGGUGGGUUGUCGUGAUGGAUUACAUUCCAGAGCCCCCAUCAACUUUAGACAAGGAGCGGGUGAAAGCAGAUGUGAGGGAGGCCGUGGAGGUGUUACAUGGUGCUGGCAUUGCGCACGGUGACCUUCGAGAUGCGAACGUUGUGAUGACCCACGAUGGGGCGAUGGUGGUGGAUUUCGACUGGUCUGGGAGGCACGGAGAAGUGAAGUACCCAGCCACCUUCAAUAGGAAUAUUGAUUGGCCGGAUGGUGCGACUCCACUAGGACCGAUCCUGUGCGAGCAUGAUGAUGACAUGCUGGAUAAGUUUGAACAUUGGGUGGAUGGGUUGUAG